AUGCUAUUCGCCCUCCCUCUCCUUCUAGCGGCGCCUCUCGUGGCUGCCCACGGUGCGGUGACCAGCUACAUCAUCGGCGGCAAGGAAUACCCGGGCUACCAAGGCUUCUCGCCCGUGGCCGGGGCCCAGAUCAUCCAGCGUCAAUGGCCCGACUACAACCCGAUCAUGACGGUGACUGACGGCAAGAUGCUCUGCAACGGCGGGACGUCGGCGCCCAUCUCGGCGCAGAUCGCGGCGGGCGAGAACAUCACGGCGGUCUGGAAGCAGUGGACGCACCAGCAGGGGCCGGUCAUGGUGUGGAUGUACGCGUGCUCGGGCGAUUUUGGGGCGUGCGACGGCCGGGGCAAGGGCUGGUUCAAGAUCGACGAGAUGGGCGCGUGGGGCGGCGUGCUGAACAGCAACAACUGGGGCACGGCCAUCGUGUACAAGAACCUCAAGUGGUCGAGCAAGAUCCCCACGAGCCUCAAGCCCGGCAAGUAUCUGAUCCGCCACGAGCUGCUGGCCCUGCACCAGGCCAACACGCCCCAGUUCUACCCGGAGUGCGCCCAGAUCGAGGUCACCGGGUCCGGCUCGGCGGUGCCCGGCGGCGAGUUCCUCACCAAGAUCCCCGGCUAUGCAUCACAGAGCGACCCAGGCGUGACCGUUGAUAUCUAUCAGGGCAAGGCAACCACUUACACGUGCCCAGGACCAAAGGUGUGGACUGGCUAG